CAUCAACAGACAACAAAGGAGGCUGCAGGAAGAACUGCUGAACUGCUUCCAAACCCACGACUUUUACCUCUUCUGGUUGGAAUAUACAGAUGUCAGAAGACAAGACAGACAAGGUAAAAAUCAGAGCAACUGAAAGCUUUCAAAAUGACAAGCAAAAUAUCCCUUGGUUGAAUGAAGAAUUGGCCAGUCCUAUCUUACAGCCUCUUGGAGACUCAGAUAACCAGCUUACAAGUGAAAAACAUAAAGACAAGAAACCUAUGAAAGGUAUUAUGAGUUCAGUGUCGGAAUUCAGCAUCACAGACGCUCCAUCCAAGGACACCAAAAAUGAGAAGAAAUUGUCAGACUCUAGUACAUCAUCAUUAUCUUCCCUUGAGAAGUGCAGGACACAAUUCACCUACAUCGAAAAUGAUGCAUCAGUUCAUCAGAGAGACAGUGAUGAUGAAUGUGCAUCUCUUAUCCUGGCCUGCUUGUUCUGCCAAUUUUGGGACUUUCUUAUAAUGCUGCCUAAUACCUGUGAAAAUUGGUUGAUAAAUAUGUGCUGUCCAUCCUAUAGAUAUCACCAUACCUCCAGCGAAAACCACUCCAACAAUGACUGUAACUGUGACUGUGACAUUGAUUGCAGCAUUUUUGAAUCCUGUCACGAAACCAGUGAAUGUCUGGAACUUGCCUUGGAGAUUUCUGAAGUCUGUUAUCGCUAAUAGGAAACAAUUGACAGAAUUCCCACAAACUGUCUGAAUGGAAACUGACACAGUAAAAAGGAUAUAAGAUUUUUUAAAUAAUUGGAGUGUUUGCUAACCAGGGCUGUGUGCAUUCUCUGAUGUCCCUUUGGAAGAACUGUAUAGCAUUACCAAAGAAAAUUCUGCUUGUAUGAUUUCACAAGCCACUGAAGCCAAUAAAGAAUGAAAACCUGUUUCCUACCUUGCAACAGAUGAAAACAAAAUUCCUAAAUACCAGCUGUGCUAAUUGCUUUGCCCAGGGUCAGUCUCAUGCUUUUAUAAAUCUCUCUAUUGCAUUCAACAUGGAUUUCCCUCCAUCCACAAACAUAAGACACAUUAGGAUAUUCUUUUAGGAAUAAUAUAUAUUAAGUCAUCUUCCUAAUGGAUUCAUACAUAAACAUGUAUUACAUAUUGUGGGGUAUUAUUAAUAAUGUAUGCUAUAACAUCAUUUUAUAAUUAAAAAUGUAUUUAUACAAUCUCUUAAAACACACUUAUAUGCUCAGUUUAGGUAGAAAAGAAAAUUAAGUGAAUUAGAAACCAUGCUAGAUGUAAUUACAAUAAAGGUCUCUAAAAAAUCUCCAGUGAAUUUUGAAGAGGAUGCAUUUUAACAGGGUACUGCAAUUCAACAGUGUAUUAAUGUGUGUGCCUAUCAUUAUGUAAUAUCAGGUUAUACCUAUUGUUCAUUAGUUUAGGAAAGAGCUCCUUAAUUCUAAUUAGCAUUAAUAGAAAUUGAAUGCACACUUCUAGAGGAGAAUUUCCCUACGGAUAGCCAGUAACGCUUUUUCCCAAUUUUUGUUUGUAUGAUUUUUUUUGUAAAGAGCAAAAUAUUGUAAGCAAUAACAGUAUUGGGAAACAGACAGGAGUGCACAAAAGAUAAAAAAAUGCACAAAAGAUAAAAAAUGACAGUAUCCAACUUGGAGGCACUUACUACAGUCUGUAACACUCUCUGUAUUUUUCUUUUCUGAUAAUGGGUCUGAUUAAUA